UACUAAGACUGCCACCGCCAGACGCUUGUCUUCCCUCUUCCUCCUCUGCAACCCAAAAUUCCACUUCUCCAACCACUUUCACUUAAAUUUCUCCUCCAUUUCUCAAUUUCCGCAAUACCCUUUACCCCAUUCAUCCAUCCCUCCAUGUCUUCCCCUCGCUUUCGAGUCGGCUACGCCUUUUCCCCCAAAAAGGAGCGUUCCUUCAUCCUCCCUUCUCUCCUCGACUACGCCAAACUCCAUGGCAUCGACCUUGUUCGAAUCGACCCUCUUAUCCCUCUCAUUCACCAAUCCCCCUUCCACUGCAUCAUCCACAAGCUCUACGACCCCUCAUGGAUUCAGCAACUGCGCGAUUUCACUUCCCAGUUCCCUGAUGUUGUCAUCGUCGACCCACCAGAGCUAAUCUCCCGCCUCCUCAAUCGCGAUUCCAUGCUCCAAGUUGUGAAUCAGGUGAAACUCCCAGAAGGGUAUGAGCGGAUUGAUACUCCCAAGCAAGUCGUGGUGAAUGAUUUGGAUGUCCUGGUCAAAAAUGGGUUACACGCGUUUACCGAUUUGGGGCUUAAAUUCCCUGUGAUUGCUAAGCCCUUGGAGUCCAAUGGCUCUGAGAGGUCUCAUCAAUUGUGUUUGGUGUCUAAUGAUAGCGGAUUGAAGGGAUUAAACCCCCCGAUUGUGUUGCAGGAAUUUGUUAAUCAUGGCGGUGUUGUGUUCAAGGUUUAUGUAGUGGGGGAGUGCGUGGUUUGCGUAACGAGGAAAUCGCUGCCGGAUAUUUCGCCGGAGGAUCUCGAAAAAUUGGAGGCGGUUUCGAGCUUUUCGAAGAUUUCGAAUUCAGGAACUCCAGUGGACAACACCGAGGGUAAUGUUGAAAUGCCAUCUUUGGAUUUUGUGAUGCAUGUGGCUGCUGGGUUAAGGGAAGCAACAGGGCUUAGGCUUUUUAACUUUGAUCUGAUUAGGGAUAGUAAUGAUCUGAAUAGGUACCUUGUGAUUGAUAUUAAUUACUUACCUGGGUAUGCCAAAAUGCCUAACUAUGAGCCUUUCUUGACCAAAUUUUUGUUGGAUGUUGUUCAUAAACGGAGUGGUGGUGGUGGAGCCUUUAGUUCUUCCUAUGUAAAUGAAAACGAGGUAGUGUUCUGUUGAAAGUGAGAGGCUAUCAAUCAGCUGGGAUGUUACAAAAUAAUUGGUAUGCCUCUGUUGUAGAGCCUUUUAGAGGGUGUAAUACAAGUUAUAAAUAUGAAGCUAUUAGGGUAAGUAGUAGGCUAUACUUGGUGUUUGAUUAUGGAUCUUUUGUAUUGGUUUAUAUCUUAGGAUUCCUGCAAACACUAAUGAAUAUGAACUUAAUAUGACUUUGUUCCUUUAAUAUCUUUU